ACCGACUUUUCUCCCUUCACCGACCAUGUCCAACACAAUUGCUCUUUAUCCCUUAUCGAACUUUACUUUCAGUACCAAGGAGGCACAACCGGAAGAGGACCCGUCUGUCUCUGCGCGUCUUCAGCGUCUGCAGAAUAACUACGAGGAUUUUGGAAUGCGUAGGACUGUUGAAGGAAUUCUGGUAGUACAUGACCACGGUCACCCGCAUAUUUUGAUGUUGCAAAUUGCGAACGCGUUCUUCAAACUACCAGGCGACUAUUUGAAACCGGGCGAAGACGAGAUUGAAGGGUUGAAGCGUCUAUUAGAUGACAGGCUGGCACCGCCCCCACAGAGCAGAAUCACUCAAUUUAACCAAAGCCACGGCGUCGAUAACGACUGGGAAAUCGGUGACUGUCUCGCACAAUGGUGGAGACCCAACUUCGAAACCUUCAUGUAUCCCUUUGUGCCAGCGCAUAUUACCAAGCCUAAGGAGUGUAAGAAGCUGUUCUUGGUUCAGAUGCCCGAGAAGAAGGUCUUGGCUGUCCCAAAAAACAUGAAGCUACUCGCGAUCCCUCUGUUCGAGCUGUACGACAAUGCGGCAAGGUACGGACCACAGUUGAGUGCUAUUCCACAUUUGUUGUCUAGGUACAACUUCAUAUACCAAUAGUUGCCUUUUUAGCUAUGAAAUCCUGCUCUCGUCAAGUCUCUGUCGCUCCCACUCAGCUGUAUCAUAUCACUGGGAUGAAUUUGUCGUACUGUAUGAAUAUGAACUAUACCAGUCAUCGAGCCCGAAAUAGAAAGGAUGUUUUGCAGGAUUGCAGCCUGGUUCACGAAGUCUUCUGCGAGUUAUCCGAGGAAUACUACGUGCUCCUACGGGAUAUGGAUAGGCUGGUUCUGCAGCUUCGCCUCGUUCACCGCUCAGAUGCCUGAGCC